AUGAGCAGAGGACGAGUGUACAAGAGAAGGUGGAUUGGGAGAUGGGAGAAUGACGUCAUCUGGGGUAGAGACGACUUUUUGGGAAGUGUAGCUGGAUAUGCGAUCAGUCGAAGAAAAAUGAUGUCGAGUUCUGGAAAAGCUCUGGCCUCUAUUAAAGUGGAGGACCUGGAAGAGAAAUCUGAAGUAUCAUGUGGCACUCUAGAUGUAGUCAUCAUGAGUUUUAUAGCUCAGAACCUCCAUCACGAUUUGAUAAUGAUUAAAUGGGAUCCUGACGAAACACAUAUGGUUGUUCUAACAAAGAAGGGAGUGGUCUUUAGAGAAUCAAAUGAGUGGAAUUGGAAGAACUUUUCAAACAAGUUCGUUGAUGAGGAAACAAAGGUUUUGCAAUGGAUAGACAGUGAAAAGGUGGCGAUAGGGUUGAAGAAGGGAGGAGUUAUGUUGAUGAAUACAAGUGGCGAGAUCCUAGUGAAAGUCACUACAGUCCAAUGCGAUUACUUAAUCUCCUUCGCCCAGUGGUCACCGGAUGGAUCAAUUGUAGCUGUUGGAGGGCUGACUAAAGGAAAUCAACAAAACAUUGCCUUCUUCUCCAGUCAUGGAAAGAAAGUGACCCCAGUAUUUGAAGAAAAUGAGCAGCGUAAGGAAGAAAACGAAGGAAAUAUGUUGCUGCCUCGAAAUUGA